AUGAUUUCUAAUGUAAAAAAUUUGAAAAUAACAUCAACUGUCAACUUUUUUGGAAAAAUUUUAAAAACAAAAGAAGAAUAUUCUUCUAUAAUUACUAAAGCAAAAUGGCCAAAAUUUAAAGAAAUAGAUGUUGAAGGCGGUGAUAGUGGUUCAUUAAUGACAUCUCAUGUAUCAACAGAAUGGAUUGAAAAUAAUGGAACAGUUAAAUUUCAAACAUUAGGAUUUGUUGAUAUGGUAAAGAAAAGUAAUAAUAAUACAUUCAAAGUAAAUCCUUGUUUUAUUAAACCAUUGGAUGGUGAUAUUAUAUAUUCAUCAAAUGAAAAAUUUUUUAUUGUCUUUCACUUGCCUAAUAAUAAUGAUAUAAAUUUUAUUGGAUGUGUUUUUGAAAAUGACAAUAAUGAAAUUUUAAUCAAAAAAGGAAUUGUACAUACACCACCUAUUCUUUAUCAAAAAAAUGGUAAUGUUAAUGUAAUUCAUAGACAGACUAAUGGAUUUUCAUUUUUGCAAUUAAAUACUAUGUUAGAAAUAAAUAUUGAAAAAGGAACUAUUGAUAAAAAUCUUAUCACAUCUAUUGAACAAUCAUCUAAUAAACAAAUUGAUAGUGGAAAGACAAAUGUUAAAGAAGACGACUCCAAUAAAUUUAAAUGUGAAGGGGUUAAUAAAAAUCUUGUUACAGUGAAUGAAAAAUUUAAUAAUAUUUAUGGUGCAAGUAUUGUUAAAAUUGAUGAAUUUUUUGAAGAAAUUCCCGUAAGUGUAAAGUGGGAAAAUUCUAUUUUAGAAAAUAAAAGCAAAAAAUUAUCACAAAUGUUUAAAAUGUCCUGGAUUACUUUAAAUGAAACUAAAAAUUUAGAAAUUAAAUUUAAUGGACUUUCUGGUUCUUUCAAAGGAGGUGAAGGUAAACCAGGAGUUAUUUAUAAUGAUGAAAAAAAAGAAUAUUCUUAUAAAUUAUUAAUGACAAGACCAGAUGGAACAUUUUUUGUACGUAGUUGUACACCAGAAAGUGGUUUUAUUAUGAGUGUAGCACCACCAUUAGACUCUGGUAAACCAGAUUUUUCAAAAAUAAUCAAUCUUUAUAUUCCUUAUGGAUAUGGAAUUCGCUUAAAUUCAUCAACUUAUCAUAGUGUCCCAUUUCCACCAAAAAAUAUUUCUUCAAUUAUUCUCGAAGAAGUUAUAUGUGAAACAAAUGCAAAUAUUGUUUUUAAUUUAGAAGAAAUGUGUUUUUCAUGGUUAUCAAUUAAUUCACAAAUGUAA